ACGAGGACAUUUAUUUCAAACACAUCGUCGCUCAAUUCUGUAUCUCUUGACGGGACUAGAUGAGUUACUGUAGAGCCGCUGCGACCGUCGCUUUAUCCUUUCUUGCCGAGUCGACUCCCCCUACCUCCUCCGCUUGCAGAAUUGUAUAAAGAACACAAAUCGGGCUGGGGAGGGGGGUUGAUACGCCGAAGCUGAAAUUGAGAGGCGAACCCAGGAAAGAGGAGUAUUUGUACACGGGACUUUCCCCCCCUUCGUCCCUAAAAAGGAGGGGGAAAUGUCAUAUUUUUAAAAGCGAUAUUUUUAAAAUCGAGGAUUACGUAUAGGCUUAGCCGCCUAUCUCUGAGGAUAUAUAUUUUAAUUCGUUAAAAAAUAUGGCCGAGAACGUUCUGGAGUCUGGUCCGCCUUCAGCGAAGAGGCCUAAACUGUCCUCCCCGGCUCUAUCUGCCUCCGUCAGCGAUGGAAACGAUUAUUGCUCGCUUUUUGACCUGGAGCAUAACCUUCCAGAUGAGCUGAUCAGUUCCUCCGAGCUGAGCCUAGCAAAUGGAGGGGACCUCGGCCAGUUGCAUGGCAAUUUGGGUAGUGGGGGCGGGGCCAUUGGAGGAGUUGUGUCCAGUGGCCAGGAUGCAGCAGCCAAACACAAGCAGCUGUCUGAACUCCUCCGGCAUGGAUCCGCAUCUGCAUCACAGCAGCAGGGUGCAAUGGGUAGCCCAGCAGGAGCCUUAAUGGGGCUUUUUGGGAAUAUGAAGGCUUCACCAGGUACUCAGGGCAUGGGCCCGCAAGGGCAGCAACGUCUUUCCCCGCAACAGGCCACGCUUAUGCAACAGCAGCAAAUGGCAGGGAUGGUGGGCAACAUGAACAGGAAUAUGCUCGGACCUCAGAAAGGCAACGGACAGCAGCAAGCAGGAGGGCCUGCGCCUCAGCAGCCACACAUGCUGGGAGCGCAGAUGAUGAACGGAUCGCCCAGAAUAGGACAUCACAACCCGGGCAUGGGCAGCAGCAGUAACCUGUUAGCAGAGGCUCUUCAACAGCACCAGACAGUAGGAGGUCAGGGUGGACUGAGGGCACAGCAGCCUGGAGCAAUGAACAAGAUGGGUAUGAAUGCAGGUUCAGGCCCCUAUGGAGGCCCGUAUGGUCAGCCUGCCAGUCAGGGUCUGGGUGUUGCAGGGCUGGCCCCUCAGCUCCAGAACAAACCAGGUCUCCCCAACAGUCCGGCCCAGUUUAACCUCGACAAGAAGCCUGUGCAGAGCAUACCUGGCAUGCAGGCUUCCCAGCCUUCCCAAGUGGGUGCUGGCGGAGGCGCAGGAAUGGCCAGCAUGGUGCCUAACACCCAAGGAACUCUCGGGCCCGGAUCAGCUCCAUCAGCUGUGUCUGCAACAGCGGUGGGAGGAGUUCCUCCAGCAGCCGACCUGGAAAAGCGCAAACUCAUACAGCAGCAGCUGGUGCUUUUGCUCCAUGCCCACAAGUGCCAGCGGAGGGAGCAGGCCAAUGGGGAAGUAAGGCAGUGUAACCUGCCCCACUGUCGCACCAUGAAGAACGUCCUCAACCACAUGACGCACUGCCAGGCUGGCAAAUCUUGCCAAGUGGCGCACUGUGCCUCAUCCAGACAGAUAAUCUCUCACUGGAAGAACUGCACGCGGCAUGACUGUCCAGUAUGCCUACCACUGAAAAACGCAGGAGACAAGAGGAAUCAGCAGACUCUCCUAGGCACUGGUGGUGUGGGGUUAAGUUCUUCUUUGGGUAAUGUAACUGGUGGUACACCCAGUGCCCCCCAUCUCAAUACCCCAGGGCAGGUAGACCCCAGUUCCAUUGAGAGGGCUUACGCAGCCCUGGGCCUCACAUACCAGGGAAACCAGGCUCCCCCUCAGCCUGUCCAACAAACACAACGGGCAGUGAACACAAUGGGAGCAAAUCCCAUGGGAGUAAAUGGAGCAGUGGGUGGUCAGUCUCCGAAUCAGCAAGCUAACCUUCUCCAGGAAACAAUGUUGCAUCUGAAUAUGAACUCGCAGAGUCUGAUGAAUGACAAUGCUGUGGGCGGUGUGGGGUCUAUGCCUGUGGCCAACCCAGCUGCCAGUGCUGGCAUGAGCAAGAACUGGCACGAGGACAUCACCCAGGAUCUACGCAACCACCUGGUGCACAAACUAGUCCAGGCCAUUUUUCCCACUCCAGACCCUGCUGCACUGAAGGACCGGCGGAUGGAGAAUCUAGUGGCCUAUGCUCGUAAAGUUGAGGGGGAUAUGUAUGAUUCCGCUAACAGCAGGGCUGAGUAUUAUCACCUGCUGGCGGAGAAGAUUUAUAAAAUCCAGAAGGAACUGGAAGAGAAGCGAAGGACACGGUUACAGAAGCAGGGUAUGAUGCCUACGCAGCAAGGGCCCACUGGGAUUGGUCAGACAGAGCUACCCACAGGACUGCCUUCUAAUGGCCCUCUCUCGGAUCCUUCAGUGGUGCGGCCUAUUGGUCCAAACCAGAUGUUGAACAGGAUGCAGAAUGCUACCGGCAUGAACCCAUUUGGGAAGCAUAUGGGAAUGCAGUCCAUGGGCCAGAGAUCUACACCUCCUCUUCCAAUCAGCACACCUCUUAACCAGGGAAGCAUGGGCAGUGUGAGGAUGCCACAACCGAAUGUUGCACAGAUGCAAAAUCAGUACAGGCAAACUGGACCAUUUCAAGGUUCAAAUCCUGUUCUUGGUGCUGGAUCUGUUAAUAUGGCACACCCAGGAAAUGACAGCCCUGUCACUCAACAGGGGCAAAUGCCUACUUUAUCAUCUUUACCAAUGGGCAGUCCUUUAGCCCAGCCGGGGUCUGUUGGAGGGGCAGGCAGUGGGUCCUCAGUGGGCUCUCUGGGUCCCAACAGCAUGAGUGGGGUUCCUCCAUUGUCCACCACAACACAGUCAAUCAGCCUCCCCCAAUGCUCACCCUUCUACCAGAAUUCUCCUUCCCCAGCUCAUAGCCGCACACCCACGCCAACACCGGGUUCCCAGACACCCCAGCCUCACACACCCAGCCUACCCCAGUUAGCCACGAGCGGCAGUCAGCAGCAGUUACCUCCGUCCGCCAGUUCUGACAAUGCCAUGCAGCCUCAGCAGCAGUCAUUAGGAGGAACUCCUCCUGCUGUGUCUCAUAGUGGCCUCUCUACGCCAAAUGCCAGCCAGCAUCCCCGCACUCCAUUGUCUCAUAAGGGUUCUGUACCAGUGGACAGCCAGGCUGUUACCCCUGCCUCCGUCAGCAGUGCAGACACAUCAUUUCAGCACGGUCCUUCAGACGCCACAGCCACCCUUGAGCCUAAGGUGGAGGUCAAGCAGAAAGUAGAUGAGGAUGAGGAUGAAGAAGGCAUGACAGGAGGUAAAACGGGAAAACAUGAAGAUAUUAAAGCUGAGGAAAAGCCUGAGAAAAAGAAAGAGGAGCCGAGUGAUGGUGUGCCAAUGGAGACUUCUUCCACUGCAACUGGGGAGAACAAAAAGCCAGACAUAAAUUCUGAGCCUAAAGAAGAGGAGGAGGGUUCAGGGUCUACAGCAAACCACAGUUCACCUUCUGGAUUCCCUAACAAAAAGAAAAUUUUUAAGCCAGAGGAGCUGAGGCAGGCCCUGAUGCCCACACUGGAGUCUCUUUACCGCCAGGACCCUGAGUCUCUGCCCUUCCGCCAGCCUGUGGACCCUUCACUACUGGGAAUACCAGACUAUUUUGACAUAGUGAAGAAUCCCAUGGACUUGUCUACUAUCAAACGGAAGCUCGACACGGGCCAGUACCAAAGACAAUUUUUUUUAAGAUCAUUGGUGGCUACCUCCUCGUUGCCUCUCUGUGAUUGGCUGUGUGUUGGCGCAUGGUGUAGUUCACCAAAAUAUGGGCUUCUUGCUGACAGGUAUCACUUCUGUGAAAAGUGUUUCAAUGAGAUCCAGGGUGAGAGUGUGUCCUUGGGAGAUGACCCAUCCCAACCUCAAACAUCGAUCAACAAGGAUCAGUUUGAAAAGAAGAAAAAUGACACGCUCGACCCUGAGCUAUUUGUGGAAUGUAUGGAUUGUGGUCGUAAGAUGCAUCAGAUCUGUGUUUUGCACAAUGACACUAUAUGGCCAUCAGGCUUUGUGUGUGAUGGCUGUUUGAAGAAGUCCAACAAGAACCGUAAAGAAAAUAAAUAUGCUGCUAAAAGGCUUCCACAGACCAAACUAGGCAUCUACUUGGAAACGCGGGUUAAUGACUUUCUGAAGCGACAUAAUCACCCAGAAUCUGGUGAAGUCACUAUUCGUGUUGUUCAUGUCUCAGACAAAGUGGUGGAAGUCAAACCAGGCAUGAAGUCUAGGUUUGUGGAUAGUGGAGAGAUGGCAGAGUCUUUCCCAUACCGAACGAAAGCUUUAUUUGCAUUUGAGGAGGUUGAUGGUGUUGAUGUCUGUUUUUUUGGGAUGCACGUGCAAGAGUAUGGCUCAGAUUGUCCACCCCCUAAUCAAAGACGGGUUUACGUAUCCUAUCUGGACAGUGUCCACUUCUUUCAGCCACACAGUCUGAGAACAAGUGUGUACCAUGAGAUUCUUAUAGGAUAUCUGGACUAUGUCAAAAAACAAGGGUUUACCACAGGACACAUCUGGGCCUGCCCUCCUAGUGAAGGAGAUGAUUACAUCUUCCACUGUCAUCCUCCAGACCAGAAGAUACCCAAGCCGAAGCGGCUGCAGGAGUGGUAUAGGAAGAUGCUGGAUAAAGCUGUAGCAGAGCGCAUUGUCCAUGACUACAAGGACAUCUUCAAACAGGCAACAGAGGAUCGUCUCACCAGCGCCAAAGAACUGCCCUAUUUUGAGGGGGAUUUCUGGCCCAAUGUGCUUGAAGAGAGUAUCAAAGAACUAGAGCAAGAAGAGGAGGAAAGGAAGAGGGAGGAGAACAGCACAUCCAAUGAGAGUGUUGAUACAACAAAAGGUGACAGCAAAAAUGCCAAGAAAAAGAACAACAAGAAGACGAGCAAGAACAAGAGCAAUUUAAGCCGAGCCAACAAAAAGAAGCCGGGGAUGCCAAAUGUGUCCAAUGACCUUUCACAGAAACUCUAUGCCACAAUGGAAAAGCACAAAGAGGUGUUCUUUGUUAUCCGACUGAUUGCGGCACCCAAUUCCAAUUCUCUCCUGCCCAUUGUUGACCUGGAUCCUUUGAUGGCAUGUGAUUUGAUGGAUGGUCGUGAUGCCUUCUUAACACUUGCACGGGAUAAGCACCUGGAGUUUUCUUCAAUGCGGCGCUCCAAAUGGAGCACCAUGUGCAUGCUGGUGGAACUGCACAAUCAGAGCCAGGACCGCUUUGUCUAUACCUGCAAUGAGUGCAGGCACCAUGUUGAAACUCGCUUCCAUUGCACUGUUUGUGAGGACUAUGAUCUCUGCAUCACUUGCUACAAUACAAAAGGUCACAAGCACAAGAUGGAAAAACUGGGCUUGGGGUUGGAUGAUGAAAGCAACAACCAGGCUCCUUCCUCAACACAGAAUCCUGGAGACUCACGGCGUCUCAGUAUUCAGAGGUGCAUCCAGUCUCUGGUGCAUGCCUGCCAGUGUCGCAAUGCCAACUGCUCACUUUCAUCUUGCCAGAAAAUGAAACGUGUAAUUCAACAUACCAAAGGCUGCAAACGUAAAACCAAUGGUGGUUGUCCUAUCUGCAAGCAGCUCAUCGCACUCUGUUGUUACCAUGCAAAACACUGCCAAGAGAACAAGUGCCCUGUGCCAUUCUGCCUCAACAUCAAGCAGAAACUGAAGCAACAACAGCUCCAGCACAGGCUACAGCAGGCCCAGAUGGUGCGUAGAAGAAUGGCCAGCAUGCAAAGGACAGGCCAGCAGAUUUCGGGAGGCAAUGGUGGGCUGCCAUCUCCUGGAAACAGUAGUACUACUGGUCCAAGCACACCAACACCAAGCACUCAGCCACCUACCCCACAGACGCCCACUCAGCAAUGCCAGACUCCAGUGACUCAACCUGGCGUUGGAGGUGUUCCAUCACAACAGCAACAGCAGUUGGCAGGGAUAGCCCAUCAAUACCAGCAAAUGACUGGAAGUGGUGGGAUGUUGAAUUCCUUGCAGCAGCCCAUGAUCCCACAGCAGCAGCAACAGCUGACAUCAGUUCAGCAUCUUCAGCAUGCCAACAACCUUCCUCCAUAUGUGCAAAGACCUCCAGGCUCCUCUCCACUUUCUCAAUCAAUGGGAAAGCCAGGCAUGGUGCCAGGCAGCUUCCCUCAACAGCAACAGUCGAACUUGGGGCAGCCUGUGAUGCAUCAGCUACCUGGCCCCCCACCUGCUGCUGUAGAAAUUGCCUUGAAGAUUCAACGAGUCGCAGAGACUCAACGGCAAAUGGCUCAGCAAAAGAUCCUGCAAAGAAACCAGGCCCCUGGAAUGAUGCCUCCACAUGGUCUUCAUCAGGGUCCCCAAACUCAAAGCCAGAUAGUCAUGAACCUUCCUGGAGCUGCAAUGGUUGGGCCUCAGGGAAUGCCACCCCAGACACAAGCAGCAGUGGCCCGAACUCACAUGGAUCAGCAGCAGGGAAUGAUUACAGCAGGCAUGCAGCAGCAGCAGACAGGACCUCAGGCUCAGCUCCCUCAAGUCCAGUUACAGCAGGGCCAGCAAGGAGCACCCCAACUUCAGGUGCCUCCACAGCAGCAGUGGACUGGUCCUGGCAUGCCUCCUCAGCAGAGACCUGGGGUAAUGAACCAAAUGGGUCUGCAAAGAAUGGUUGCACCUCAACAACAACAACAACAACAGCAGCAGACAGUUGGUCAACAGCAGCAGCAAGGGCAUUCUGGUGUAAUGGGAAUGAUAAGUGGCCAAGGAGGGGCUGCACCUGCAGGUGGUGGCCCUGGAAAUCACUCUCAGGCUGCCAUACAGGACCUCCUAAGAACCUUAAGGUUACCCAGCUCUCCCCAUCAACAACAGCAAGUCCUGAAUAUACUACGUUCAAACCCUCAGCUCAUGGCAACCUUUAUCAGGCAACGCGUUCCUAGGUACCUUGGUCGAGGCGGGCCUGGAGCAGGAGGUGGGGGUGUAACAGGAGGACCUGGUGGAGGUCCAGGAAUCAUUGAUGGCCAGCAAAUGAAUGUAAAUCCUGGGACAGCUCAAGGAGGUAUGCAUAUGGCACAAGGAACUAGCAUGAAUCAGCUUCAGCAGCACCAGCUUCAGCAGCACCAACUUCAGCAGCGGUCUAUGAUGGGAGGGAAUUUGCAGCAACAACAGCAAAUGGCAGUAUUACAACAGCAGCAGCAGCAACAACAGCAGCAGCAAGGUGUUAUGCCCAAUCAGGGUGCCAACAUAUCUAACAUCUCCCCCCAGUUCAGAGAAAUAAUGAGGCGGCAUUUGCAGCAGCAGCAGCAACAGCAGCAGCAGCAACAUAUGGAAAAUAAUGCUCAGUUCCAACAUCCUCAACCACCCCAUCAGCAGGGUUAUCUUGGCCAAUCUGCAAUCCCCCCACAGCAGCCUGGCCAACCUCAGCCUGGCGGUCUCCAGCAGCAACAGGGAGGUACCCAGCCUGGGACCCAACAAAACUAUUCUGGGUCUGUGUCCCAUCAGCAGGUUGCAGCAGCUCUGCAACAAAGGUUGCAGCUUCACCAACUUCAGAUGCAGCAGCAGCAGCAACAACAACAACAGCAAAGUGCUAUGGCAGGACUCCAAGGUGCUGAUGUACGUCCUGGAGGCGGUGGUCCCCUCCAGCAGCAACAGAUGCAAUCGGCUCCGAUUGGUUCACAGCCUCAAGCCAUGCUUCAGCAAGCUUUGCAGCAACGGCGCCUCCAGCAACAACAGUCACGUUUAGGAGGAGGAUCUCCUGCUCAACACAAUCCCAUGAGCCCCCAGCAGCAGAUGUCUCAAUCUCCCCAUUUGCAGGGCCAGCAGUUGCCUAAUUCUCUAAGCAACCAAGUCCGCUCACCACAGCCGUCGCCUCGGCCCCAGUCCCAGCCCCAGCCACCAAACUCUAGUCCAUCUCCUCGCUUGCAGCCCCAGCCUUCACCCCAUCGCAUCUCGCCCCAAACCCAGAUGGGAUCCCCUCACCCAGGUCAUCUUUCUCAGCAUCACGGUGGCAUGGUUGCUCCUCCACCUUCACAACAACAACCGCAGGCAUCCCAACAGCAGCAACAGGCUAAUGCGAUGGACCAGGGCCCAUUUGGAGGAGACCAGAGUGCCAUGCUUUCACAGCUAGGUGGGAUGGGAGCCUUGCAUGGGCAAGGGACAAAUGACAUGCUGACAAAUAACCAAGAUAUGAAUCACUCGUUAGAUUUGAUGUAAUGUUGCAGUGUUCAAAGAACUGUCCUGAUUGCCAGAGUUUGGUAGCAAAUCUAGGAUUUACAAAGACUGUCAUCGAUAGUAUUAUUAUUACUAUUAUUAUUUAAUAUUUUUCUUAUGUAAUUGAAAAGAACUGAACUUCCUAUGGGAGAUACUACAUGUGCAAGUCAACAAAUUAAGUUAAAUGAAUGGUAAAUUAUUGCUGUUAAUAUAUAAAUAUAUAUAAAUAUAUUUUUUGCCAAUUGAGUUCAAAGGGUUUUGGGUUAAGAGAUGGAAAAUAUUUCCUCUUGGUAUAUGACCAGAAAUAUUUUUGGGGUUAAGAAGUCUGUCUUUUUUUAUAGAUAUUUAAAAAAAAUUUAAAAGUGGCAUAAAAUUAUAAAGCAAAAUGCGUAAACAAAAUGGACUAUUUUUAUUUUUUUUUUCCUCAAAACAGUCAAGAAUGUCAUCAGUUUUGGAGAGUAUUCGAUUUAUUUUCUCCAAUGUAAUGAUUAUGAAAAUGAUGGCAUUGGUAAUUAUUUAUUACUCUACACUUUUGGUUUGCUAAUAGAUAUUUUCCUGUUCUUCUGUUUUGGACAAUGUAUGGCAUAUACUAAUUGAACCUACAAUUUUUGAAGAGUAUAUUUUUGUUAUUGAUAGAACCUGACUAUAAAAGGAUGAAUUUAUAUUCUUCUACUUCCCCCUUACUAGUGUGUGUUUUUUUUGAUGGCUUGUUGCAUGGGAAAUAUUUGUCCUGUGCAUGUCACAGUUUUCCCACCCUCAUACACCCCUGUCCCAUGAAUGUUUUCAUUAUGCCCUUCUCAGUAAUGGAACCUGAUGACACUACAGGUGUGUUUAGGACAGUGUAGGGAAAUUUACUGAGACUAAAUGUUGAUGGGGGAUUAUGGAUUUCGCAAAUAAUCACCCUGGAACUACCCGCUUUCAUCUCUGACUACCAAGUCCUUCUCUUUCCUCCCACAUCUCCCCAGCAAGGAAUUGUUGACACGCAUCUCUAGUGUUCUGAACUUUGGGAUUUAAGUGGUCUCCUUAAUGUAUAUACAAAAACUGAAAAUAAAUUACUGAAAAGGAAUUGUCUUUGUAAAAAAAAAAAUAUAUAUAUAUAUAUAUAGUGUGUGUGAAUGGAGAUAAAUGGACAGAUGUUUCUCUUGAUUUAAGAUCCUUUGAGUUGAAGAACUAUGGGCAGCUUAGACUUAAUCUGAGAGAUUUUUAUACAUAAAUGGAGUGCAAGUCAGACAAGCACCAAUGCGCCUUUGUAUGUGUAAUUCAUUACAAGGAUUUCAUUCAUGUAAUAAACUAACACUGACUGUCAUUAUCUCCAUCCUGUGCACAAAUACAGUAGGAAAGACUUUGGAUGGUCUUUUUGAUUAUAUGACAAUAACCUAUAAAUUAAUUGUUUUGCUUGGUUAAAGGGUGAUGAAUACAAAACAGAGGCAAUAUGGCUAGACUUAUUUUAUAAAUAAUAACAAUAUUUGUUUUAUAUAUAUAUAGAUAUAUUUAAUUUUAUUUUUGCGAAUAAAAAACUUGAAGCUGAUUCAAGAGUUGAUAUUGAAUUACACUUUUUCAAAGAUGAAUUGAUGCAACAUGACACUGCUGUCAUACCAUAUACGUCCCGCUUUGGGAAUAAUGAGUAAUAUCAUGGCAUUUUAAGGAAAUGUCUUAUGGGUGCAUAUAGAGGUAUAUAGAUUAUGAUUCACUGUACAAACCAUGGCAAUUUGCUUUGAACUGUAAAUUACUUCUUUUUUUUUUUUAACGGACUGGAAAACCAACCAUACAGUUUUACGGUUCCUAGUUUUGACCACUUUUCUCUUGCUAACACUUUGGUGCUUGCUGAGAGGAGCAACAACUUGCUCUGAGUUCAGUCGUUUUACUGUUUGUUUGGUUGGUUGUCUGUUCUUUUUUUUUUUGCAAGUUAAGUUAUGGUGGUCAGAUUUUUUGCCAAUUAUUUAAUUGUACAUUAAAAUAUGUUUGUACCAUUCAAAAA